GCCGCAGCGCCGGGAGAGGGCGGCGAAGACUGCGGGAGGGGACUAGAGGGCGGCUUGAGCGGCGGCCGCAGCUGCAGCUGGACGGCCGGCGGGCGGCUCGGGGCCGCGCGCCGGGAACCUCACGGGGCGGUCGGGCGCCGCACCCCGGCCUGGCCGCCUGCGCCCCGGGGAGGCCCCCUGAGCGCAACCGGACCAGCAGCAUGAGCAGCGGCUACAGCAGCCUCGAGGAGGACGCGGAGGAUUUUUUCUUCACCGCCAGGACCUCCUUCUUCAGGAGAGCGCCUCCGGGCAAGUCCCGUUCGGGUCAGCCGGAUGUGGAGAAGGAGAAGGAAACACACAAUUACCUCAGCAAAGAGGAAAUCAAAGAGAAAGUGCAUAAGUACAAUUCAGCCGUCACAGAUAAGCUGAAGAUGACCUUAAAUUCAAACGGGAUUUACACUGGCUUCAUUAAGGUGCAGAUGGAACUCUGCAAACCUGCCCAGACCCCUGCCAACCCCAGCAGCAGUGGCUGCAUGAACACGCUUCAUAUCAGCAGCACGAACACCGUGGGAGACGUGAUCGACGCGCUGCUCAAGAAGUUUCAGGUGACCGAGAGUCCCACCAAGUUUGCGCUUUAUAAGCGUUGUCACAGGGAAGACCAAGUGUAUGCCUGCAAGCUCUCCGACCGGGAACACCCGCUGUACCUGCGUUUGGUAGCAGGGCCCAGAACCGACACGCUUAGUUUUGUUCUUCGAGAACACGAAAUUGGAGAGUGGGAAGCCUUCAGCCUCCCAGAGCUGCAGAACUUCUUGCGCAUCUUGGACAAGGAAGAGGACGAACAGCUACAGAGCCUGAAGCGGCGCUAUACAGCCUACAGGCAGAAGCUGGAGGAAGCCCUGGGCGAGGUGUGGAAGCCAGGCUAAGGCUCCUCCUGCCAGGAAGGCACAGCUCGGGACACAUGAGAGAGCCGCAUUGAUUGCCUCUCUCCUCGGAGAGCUGUCUUCGUGCCCCACCGUGCUAGGGUCCUCCUCUCUCCUCUGUACACACAGUUCUGAGCCUGGUCACGCAGCAGCCUGCGCCUCACGGAUUGGCACAAGGGACUCUGCAAGCUUGUUCUGUUAAGCGACGUUACCUCUUGCAAGCUGUGAGCCGGUGGGCGUCAGGCGCGCCCUGGAGUA